AUGGCAUCCGCGUUCAUCGAGCUGGCGACGGGUCCUUCAAGGACGGAGCCGUCAAUCCCAAGCCCUCCCGCUUCUAUCCCAAGCCCUCCAGCUGAUCCGCAGCCUUCGAGAACGGGGCCGUCUGUCCGGGAUCCUGCUGCCGAUCCACAGCCUGGGGUGGCUGCAGAUACGCGGAUUGAACCGAACCCGGACCUCGAUGGUGGAGAUGACAACGACGAUGCAGACUCUGCCAUCGACGCCCAGAGUAUUGUAUCGUCUACGGCGUCGCUGUCCGAGAGCAUCUUCGACUAUCGCAAGCUUCAUGGUCGGACGUACCAGAACAGCAAGACGACAGAGUACUGGGCGCCGAACGACGAGCAACAGAAUGACGGGCUAGACAUGAUCCAUAACGCACUGCUGAUGCUUCUUGACGACGAGCUCUUUCUGGCGCCAAUUGGUGAUAACCCACAGCGCGUCCUGGAUGUCGGCACGGGGACAGGGAUUUGGGCAAUCGACUUCGCAGACCAGUACCCCGAUGCCGAGGUUCUUGGUACAGAUAUCAGUCCUAUUCAGCCGACGUGGGUACCUACCAACCUGCGGUUCGUCAUGGAUGACUGCCUCCUCGACUGGAUGUGGCCGGAGAAUCACUUUGACUUCGUCCACCUGCGAUGUCUCUACGGUAGUAUACCAGACUGGGUCAGCUUGUACCGGUCAGCUUUCCGGCACCUCAAGCCUGGUGGUUGGGUUCAGAACCUAGAAUUCGACGUCAACAUCCAGUCCGACCAUAUACAGCUCCCGCCCGAUCACAUCUUCCACGAAUGGAGGCAAAUUUUCGACCAAGGUGGAGAGAAGAUGGGACGGUCCUUCUCAAUCUCCCGGGGGCACACAAUGAAGCACAACAUGGAGGCAGCUGGGUUCGUCGACGUGGUGGAGAGGAAGAUCAAGACGCCCAUGCACGGAUGGCCGAAAGAUGAGAAGCUGCAACACGCGGGGCUUCUCAUCCAUAUGGCCUUUGAUCAGAGUCUGGAGGGAUUUGCCACGUUCCUGAUGACGGAGAUUCUGGGAUGGGAUCCGAUACAGGCGACGGUACUUGGGGCGCAGAUGAGGAGGGAAAUGAAGAAGAAGUCUAACUACGCUUGGUGCGAGACGACUAUUGUUUAUGGGCGCAAGCCAGCGAUCUUCUGA